UUGCCAAUAAUUCGGAGUAAGCCUUAUCUGAUGCCUUCUGGUUAAAACGUGUUUGGCCCUGAGAUAAUAACGACAACGCGUCGUGGAUUGAUAGCCACAAUUGUCUAUUCGGUGAGUAUAAAAGUAUAGUGUGCACGCUUUUGCGAUCAGUUCAGCAAAUUUGUUACUUCCCGACGAGGAUCUCAUACUGUGAAACAGUGCACAGAAAUCAAAGCGAAAAGAGAAAACUAUGAAGUACACAAUUGGAGUGUGCCUACUUUUGGCCGCCGCCUGCAAUACUGCUUUCCUUGACAAGCAUGUUAACUUUCAACCAUUUGUGGAGCUGCAGCAUAAGGCCAUGCGUUCAUUGAUCUCGGCCCAUGCCAGCAACGAUGAUCCCAACUUGAUCAACAACUGCUUCAACCAGUAUAUCACGGACCAGAUGAAUGUUUUGGACAACUACAAUAGAAUCUACACGGGUUGCGUGACCACAGCCCAAAGGGAGAAGACAGAAUUGACCGCCCAGAGCGCAGAGAGUCGCAAGGACCUUCUGUCCCGCAGCGAUGGAAUGUGCACCAACCUCGGCUCCUGCGAUUUGUUGACAGAUGGUCUGGAAUUCUUCGAUUGCUACCGUAAUGCGUCCGCUGACAGCUACAAAGUGAUGUUCACUUUGAACAGUGAUGCGAACACCAGGUUCAAUACGAUUAGCACCAAAUACGGUAUCAUCGAUUCAGAUCUAACGCAAUGCGUAGAUGAGGCCCGUCUGGAGUAUGCGCGCGAGCUGGAGAAAUGCGAUUCGGAUUUCAAUAUCUGUAUUUCGGGUACCGAAGGUACAUCUGAACCAACAACUGAUAAGCCAGUUGACUCUACACCAGUUGGGUCGACAACAGAUAUACCCAUUGAUACUAGCGAGGGACCAGUUGUCUCUACUGAUGCACCAACCGUCUCUACCGAUGAACCACCCGUCUCUACUGAUGCACCAGCCGUCUCUACCGAUGCACCAGCCGUCUCUACUGAUGUACCAACCGUCUCUACCGAUGCACCACCCGUCUCUACUGAUGCACCAGCCGUCUCUACCGAUGCACCAGCCGUCUCUACUGAUGCACCAACCGUCUCUACCGAUGCACCACCCGUCUCUACUGAUGCACCAGCCGUCUCUACUGAUGCACCACCCGUCUCUACUGAUGCACCAGCCGUCUCUACCGAUGCACCAGCCGUGUCUACUGAUGCACCUAUUGUCUCUACACAGGAACCUACAGAAUCAACCAUACCGCCUGUGACCACAACAGAAAGGAUGCCAGAGGAAGAUAUUAAAUUGCUGCCACAGACAUUCAGGAGCGCUUUGGACAAGCUGAAGCGUUUUUUCUAAAUUUGCGAUGUAUUGUAGUUUGAAUGAGCUUUAUUAAUCAAGCGGAAGGCAUGCAUAAAUAAACUUUAUCAAUUGAUAA